AUGACGUUAAAUAUCACUAACAACAACACUGGAGCAAGGUACUUUUCCAGUGUUCCUCACAUCGCUGGCUCAAACGAAAGUCACCAACAAGCAGUCUACAUAAAGAAUCGUCUCAAAGAAGACUUCGGGUUUGACAGCGCAGAGCUGAAACGCUACGAUAUUUUACUGUCAUAUCCAAAUAAACCWGGAAUAGUGUCAAUGUUAAGCCAGAAUGGAAGCGUCAUGUCGACGUCUAAGCCUUACGAGAAGAUACUUGACCCGGCGGAGAAUGAUUCUCGCGUUGUCAGUCCAUUUAAUGCGUACUCGCCGUCAGGUAACGUCAAGGUAAUAGAGCUUAUUCUAUAUCUAGGGAUUGUUUUGACCAAAAUAGCCAGCAUCAUUUCUUCUUUUCAAUAUAUAAUAAUGAUCUUURCAUUCUCUUUAGACGGAAUCUACAGGGUACACCAGGACGAUCUUCCAUUCCCYAAGAUCCCAGUGCACCCAAUCUCMUGGUCUGAUGCUGCACCUCUUCUUAAAACYCUCAAGAUAAGAAAAGCACCGAGUGGCUGGCAAGGAGGACUCGGAUUCAGUUACAAUAUMGAAAUGGAUUCAUCGGAUACAAGAGAGAUCAGGGUCGAAGUGUCGAACAGAAUGCAACAAAUGCCGGUGUACAACGUCAUUGGCACUAUCACAGGAUCUGAAGAACCAGAUCGUUACGUCAUCAUUGAAUAUUUUCUUUUCGUAGGAUCUUAUUCCUUUCUUGCCAAGAGUAGUCCUAUAAUGGACAUGGCGCUCUUCCAAGCAACAAAGAAGGUACCUGAUCCGAACAAUCAAACAGAGACUUUGUACGAAUCCUGGAAGACGAAACGACCUGAUAAGAAGAAGGAAAAUCCGAGUGUUACAGCCAUUGGUGCAGGAGCAGAUUUUCUUUUCUUUCUCCAAAGAAUCGGUGUUCCCUGUGUUGACCUGCGUUUCGCUCCAGAAAAGGGAGGUUACCCAGUGUAUCACAGCAUUCACGAUACAUUCCGCUGGAUGAAAAAAUUCAUGGACCCAGACUUCCGCUACCACAGCGCGGUUACCAAGGUGAUAUUGCGGCUGACAUUCAAUUUCGUGGACGCACAAGUAGUUCCUUUUGACUUGAAUAGACUAGCAUCUUCAUUAGAGGAGUAUGGCAAGGACUUGGAGAAGCAGAAUAAUAGAAUACUGUCUUCAAAAGGAAUUUCACUGGAGUUUGUGUGUGAAUAAAGGCGUGGUAGUUUUUUCAAAAAGGGGUCCCACAUGGAGAGAAGUAAUCACGGGAGCUUAGUCAUCGGUGACACAAGCGUUAUUUCGGGUCUGCUGGUCAUAGCAAGGGGUUAAUCAUCUACGGUCUAGGGGCCGACUAACCUC